CAGAAGGGCUAAACCGUGCCCCCAUUUUCUAGGUUUUCUUCUCUCCCUGAUUUUGCUAUGGCCGCCGAGGUAGAGUACAGGUGCUUUGUUGGAGGGCUUGCCUGGGCCACCGAUGACAACUCCCUUGAGAGAGCCUUCUCUCAGUUUGGUGAGAUCGUUGAUUCGAAGAUCGUCAACGAUAGAGAGACUGGCAGAUCCAGGGGCUUCGGGUUCGUAACAUUCAAGGAUGAGCAGUCAAUGAAGGACGCCAUCGAGGGCAUGAACGGCCAGGACCUCGACGGUCGUAACAUCACCGUUAACGAGGCCCAGUCACGCGGGAGCGGUGGCGGGGGGUUCCGCAGCGGGGGAGGCGGCCGUCGUGACGGUGGCUACAGCCGUGGAGGCGGCGGUGGUUACGGUGGUGGCCGCGACCGCGACCGUGACCGCGGGUACGGUGACAGUGGGGCCCGCUACUCGAGGGGCGGUGGUGGAUCUGAAGGAUACUGGAGGAACUAGGGUUUUUGAAUGGUGGUUUAGUUUUUUCGCUUACUUUUGUCGGUGCAAGUGAUGUUUGUUUCGGAUCUAUGAUGUCUAGUUUUCUAUAUGUAACUGUCCGUCUUCUGGCUGCCGCUGGUGUGUAGUGCUGGCGGGAGGCUUCGUUUCGAUCUCCGGUUUGGAAAAUGCAAGAACAAAACUGUCGUUUUUGACGAUUGA